AUGUCUUCGUCUCCGUCGGCGGACAGCUCUGCCCCGCACCUCCGCAAGCCCCUUGGCUCUAGCAAGGGCGCGGGCAGCGAUAUGUCCAUGAUGUUCUUCGCCCAGCCCGACUGCCCCGCGAGGUUCGCCCACCACGACGAGCACCGCAUUAGGGGCCUCAACGCUGAGGCUAUCGCCCGCGUCCUCCUGCCGGUGCCCUCGUGGCUGCUCGAGGCCGACUACGCACCCCUCCGGCCAAUCGUCGACACGGACUGGUCCGAGCAAUGGUUCCUUAUGAGCGGCCGCGUUCACCCCUACGCCCUCGCCUGGGAGGUGGAGCGCCGCGACGGUCUUGAGGCCGGCCCAGACGAUACCGUCCUCUACACAGUGCCCGCCCUUAUCGUCCGCGACCAAGGCUACCAGCCCGUCCUCCCACGCUCCUUGGCCUCUGGCGGCCAGUUCCCGUCUACGCCUCCUGUUGUCUCCUUCCAUGGCGUCAUCGCCGGGCCUGGCCUUGACCUCCUGCGUGGAGACUUCCUGCCAGGUCUCGGGCCCGACCAGCUCCGCUGCUGCGGCUUCGUCCGGCUCACUACCUACAUCACCCCUGGCCUGCCGGACCGGAUUCCCUUUAAGGGCUACCACCCUUCCAGGUCUUUGUUAUCUUUCCCAUCUAUGCUAACCCUUGGGCCGUCGUCGGCCUUCUCGACCACCGUCUUAUGCUCUGCCCCGGGCUCAGAGCGCGAUUACGUCUUUAUCGUCGUCCCGGACAGCUGGAACUUUGUCGACAGGCCCUCGGCGGCCGCCUCCGCCUCGGCUUCCCCCCUUGCUACGCCCCUUAAACGUCAGACCCUAUCCGCCUCCUCUACCUUUGAUUCCGUCCGCGCCGCCUUGUACUCCGUUGCUGCGCCGGCCUCGGCUGCGUCGGCUCCCCCCCUCGGCCCCGACCGCCCUCGACCCCGUCACACCACCGCCUAA